CCGGAGCUCAGCGCAGCCCCCGGCGCCCCGACACCAUGGAGCCGCCUGGCUCGUAACUUUAAUUCGGGGCUCGGCUUGGGGCCUUCAUAGAAACCAUCGCGGAAGGGGCUGAGCGGUGGCUCGGGCGGGCGGUUGGCGGGGUCGUGAUGUCGCUGCCGAUGCUGCAGAGUAACAGUGGAUUGAUGCGGAGGAUCCUGGCUCAUUUCCCCCGGGAUCUGAGCCUGGCCUUCGCCUAUGGUUCCGGCCUGUUCGGACAGACAGGACACACAGGCCUAAGGAACAAUAUGCUGGAUUUUGUCUUUGCUGUGGAUGAUCCUGUGACAUGGCAUACGAUGAAUAUCAUGAAAAACCCCAGACAUUACUCGUUUUUAAGGUUUUUUGGACCAAAACAUGUUAGUAAAAUACAGAAUAAUUAUGGAGCUGGAAUAUAUUACAAUACCUUAGUGCCGUGUGAUGACAGGAUAAUCAAGUAUGGAGUCAUCAGUACAGGAACUCUGAUUGAAGAUCUUCUUCAUUGGAAAAAUUUAUACAUUGCUGGAAGACUGCACAAGCCUGUGAAGAUAUUAAUCCAAAAUGAAAAUGGCAAAUUGCAAAAUGCACUGGCUAAGAACCUGAAAAGUGCAGUGAUCACAGCAUUUCUUAUGCUGCCAGAAUCAUUUACAGAGGAGGAGCUCUACGUUCGUAUUGCUGGACUCUCGUACUCUGGUGAUUUUCGAAUGAUUAUUGGAGAAGACCGAUCAAAAGUAAUGAAUAUUGUUACUGCAAACAUGGAAAACUUCCAAAGACUAUACAACAACAUUUUGCAGGAGUGCCCUCAAGUGGUCUACAAGCAGCAAUUGGGUAAAUUAGAGCUUGAUAAAAGUCCAGAAGGUCAAUUCAAUCAGUUGAUGGCUUUGCCUAGAACUCUUCAACAAGAGAUAACUCGUUUAGUAGACCAACCAGGGAAAAAUAGAGAUGUUGAGGAGAUCUUGCUUCAAGUAGCCCAGGACCCAGACUGUGGAUUACUAAUACAACAAAGCGUAGCUGGUAUCGUAAAGUCCUCAAGUAUGACCCAAAGCGCAAAAGGAAUUCUCACUGCUGGGCAACUGAAGAAAGCCAAAUUUCAAGCAAUUGCAACAGAAUGGGUGCUGAUCUUUGACAAGUCGACCAUUAGUGACUGGGGCAUUGGCAUGAAAGAAGCAGCCAGCUACUAUAGGAUCAGGUACCCAAGCUCCUGGGCAGUUUAGUUAAGGUGCAAGGUAUAAACAUAUUCCUUUUUGUGAAUAGUGAUUUUCUGCAUUUGAAUCAAUGUAACUCUAGAAAGAACCUAAUCUAAACUCAACUGAUAAUUUUAAAUUAGCUAGUGUAACUAACUGAUCAGGAUUGUUCAGUAAGUGUUGCUGUAUCACAGAAUCUCAUCUAAUCGCCAUUGUUUUAUUUUAGGUUGAGUAACUGCAAACUGGUUGAAUAUAGUUUUUUCCUCUCCAUGUUCCAAACAAUUGAAUGAGUCAAAUAGCAUGUUCUAUCAGCCAACUGUUGAAAUGUACUGCCUUGUCACCUUGAGUCACACCAACACUGAUAUUCAUAUGAGUUUACUCAAUUAUAUGGUAGCUAGAAUGUUGUUUGGAACUGAUGUUUACGUCCAGUUAGUUGCCACUAAAUAGUAACAGCCUGAAACAGCAACAGAGUUUCUGAAUUUCUAUUCCAGUGCAGUGUCUGAUGCAUAGACAAUAUGCUCCAAUGAUUAACUGAUGGAAUGGAGCAGUAUGUUCCUUCAUUUAUUUGUAAUAGGUAGACUAUGUAAAGUUCUCAACCAGCCCGUAUUUGCAAUCCUAAACCAAAGCAUCGACUGUUACCUGUGGUCUGCAGUUGGGAAACAUUUGCUAAAUAAACCGGAGUAUGCUCAUGACCAUAAUAUUACCAAUUUUAAGCUAACCAGUUGAGCUUGUAACGUGGCUCAUUUACACUUGCGAGAGUUGACAUUCAUUUCUAUUUUAUGUACCCUAUUCUCUGCAAAUGGAAGUAACGUGUUUUAGUCUUGUGCUUUUUUUGAAUUACCCACAGGAUUGAUACAUCAAUAGUUCCCUGUCCUUUCUCCAUGGCAUCCCCUUGGCCAGAAGUGAUAACUUGCCAACUAAUAUACAUCUUUUCUCAUGUAGUAUAAAUUAUUGUAAUCAUUCAAAAUUUGGCAUUCUUGUGUUUGUCCUGAUGAGUGCAAAAUGAAACCUUUUGAUAAUGUGUGUCUCUCUUCAGCAGUAUUCAAGUUCUGUAUUAUUGAACAACUUACAAAUGUCAUGGAUACUGCACUGUUCAAUGUAAUUUAUCUCAAUCAUUUGCCAAAUAUUUGUAGAAAGCUGUCACUGUACAAAAGUUCUGAACAUAAAUUACUGAAAAAUACAAAUUCUUAGAACGCCGUUGACCUGAGGAAGAAAUGUGCAUUCUCUUACCAUUAAAGCUCUGAUUCAAACUGAGAGCUUAGGUGCACCUUUGCAAAAGACCCAAAAUAAAUGUGAGGAGCAGUGCCACAAUAUAGUGAGCAAAAACAUAGCUAUUACACUUUUUUUGCUUCCUUUGCAUUUGGCCAGGAUUGCAUUCUCCUUGAUUAUGGACUGACUUGUAAGUACUUGGACAUCAGUAGAAAGAAAUCACAUUUCCAAGAACUGGCACCAGCAUUGUGAAUGAGCCAUAAUAAAAAUAGUAGGUGUUGGAAAAGUAUGUGUCUGCACCCUCCACUUUCUGAGAAAUGUUGUUAAAUUUUGAGUUUUUUUAUUUCCAACUUGCAUCAUAUGCAGCAUUUUCCUUCUAUUUUUCUACUAAUGAGCCAACUGGUUAAUGAAUGUCUUAUGUUUCCUGAAGACAUGUUGACUGUUUUGCCCAGUCACUGGACAAUUAUGUCUGCUGCGGAUUGAUUUUGUUUUGCUAGUUCCAUCUGUCAAUUAUCAUCUUGGAGCAGGCUAACUUAUGUCCACAAACAUGUUGCUCAAGUUUCAUUUCUUCUCCCAAGUGGCUAGUUAUUAAUUGGAGAAUAUCCAUCACUAAGAUCAAAUGUGUUAAUAAGCUUGGGGUCAGGAUAUCUCAGAUGUCUGAGCUAGAUUGAAUCAAGCAGUGAUUUUUGCCUCAACAUACCACUAGAUUCCUGCUGGUGGCGGUGUUGGGCAGUGACAGCCAAAUGCCUUGCCAAAUUAGAUCUAUAACACAGUGAAGUUCAGUUUUUCCUUGCCAUGUUUGGGGUAUCCCUGGUUAUACUAAUAUCCUUAAAAUUAUAAAUUUAAUACUGUGUACCUAGAGCAAUGCAUAGUUGCAUGGAGAUGUGGAUUAAUAUAGCCUGAUGUGUAGGCAUAAUUGGAUUUAGUGUCUGAGAAACCAUUAAAGUAAGUGAUCUGGUAUUUUAGUCUAUUUUAAUAAAAGUAAAACAGUUUCUGCAGCAUUUUCUGUGUUUGUUUUAGUAUAUUUUACACUGUAUCAUUAUCCAUAUACCUUUUUGGAUUUGUUUGGCCUUGUCCCAUUUGUUUAAAAACAUUGCACUGAAAGGGCCAGAAUGAUCGAGUUAUUUAUUCAUAUAUCUAAUCUACUUACAGUUUUUGAGCUAUUACAUCUGCUUAAGGUAUCAAACAUAUGACAAAAAAAAACAAAGUGGUUAUUUAUUCAUGACUUGAAUCCAAAAGACUUGCAAGCACAUUUCAAUUUUAUUUACAGUUCGGUGGAAGAAGUUGCUUGACCUUAUUGUAUAUUAUUCUACAAUACAGCUCUAGUUAAGUGAACCAUGAUAUAUUGAACGUAAGAUGGUGUAAUGCUCAUACCUUAAAACAUUGUUCACAUAAAGUUAGAUGUUAAUGCUAUUUACAUU